CUAGAGCCUAAGAGAAGUUUAGGGGAAUCAGAAGGUGAACCUGAUGAAGAAAUCGAACCAGAGCGCAAAGAAAUGGCAAUUGAAGCAAAAAUUAUUGAUGAUGAAGAAGAAGAAAGUGAACAUAUUAUAGAGGAACCAGAUAUUACUAUAACACCUUCCCCCCAAGAGAAGCCAAUAGCAUCAAAAGCUUCCGAUUUAAAAGAAGAAGAAGAAGAAGAAGAAGAAGAAGAAGAUGAAGAAGAGAAGGCUACAAAGGAAAAGGUACAAGAUCAGGAGAAUCUAGAUGAACUAGGAUCGAAGAAAAGUUCAGAAACACCAGAAGGUGAACCUGACAGAAAAACCAAACCAGAGCGUAGAGAAAUGGCAAUAGAAGCACAACCUGGUGAUAAAGAAGAAGAGAAAACUAGAUUCAUUAUUGAGGAACCAGAUUUUAUUAGAACACCUCCUCCAUUAGAGGAGCCAGUUGCACCAAAAGCUUUUGAAUUGAAGGAAGAAGAGGAGAAAGCUAUAGAGGAAAAAGUACCAGAACAAAAGAAUUUAGAUGAGCUAGAACCAAAUAAAGGUCCAGAAGCACUAGAAGGUGAACUUGAUGGAGAAACCAAACUAGAGCAUGGAGAAAUGGCAAUAGAAGCACAAACUGGUGAUAAAGAAGAAGAGAAAACUGGACUUAUUAUAGAGGAAUCAGAUUUUACUAGAAUACCUCCUCCAUCAGACGAGCCAGUCGCACCAAAAGCUUCAGAAUUGAAAGAAGAAGAAAGAAAGAAGGCUAAAGAGGAAAAAGCACCAGAACAGAAGGAUUUAGAUGAGUUAGAACCAAAGAAAGGUUCAGAAGAACUAGAAGGUGAACCUGAUAGAAGAAAAACCAAACCAGAACAUAGAGAAAUGGCACUAGAAGCACAAACUUGUGAUAAAGAACAAGAAAAAACAGAAAUUAUUAGAGAAGAACCAGAUUUUACUAGAACACCUCCUUCAUCAGAAGAGCCAGUUGCAUCAAAAGCUUCUGAAUUGAAAGAAGAAGAGGAGAAGGCUGCAGGGGAAUUUCAAGAAGAGGAGAAGGCUGCAGGGGAAGAAGUACCAGAACAGAAGGAUUUAGAUAAGCUAAAACCAAAGAAAAUUUCAAAAGCACUAGAAGGUGAACCCGAUAGAGAAACUGAACCAGAGCAUGAAGAGAAGGCAAUAGAAGCACAAACUGAUGAUAAAGAAGAAGAGCAAACUGGAUUCAUUAGAGAGGAACCAGAUUUUAGUAGAACACCUCCUUCAACAAAGGAGCCAGUUGCAUCAAAAGAUUCCGAAUUGGAAAAAGAAGAGGAGGAGGCUACAGAGGAAAAAGUACCAGAACAGAAGAAUCUAGAUGAGCUAGAACCAAUGAAAAUUUCAGAAGCACAAGAAGGUGAAUUUGAUGGAGAAACUAGAGCAGAGCAUGAAGAGAUGGCAACAGAAGCACAGACUGAUUCUAAAGAAGGAGAGCAAACUGGACUUAUUAAAGAGGAACCAGAUUUUACUGGAAAACCUCCUCCACUAACUGAGCCCGUCACAUCGAAAGCUUCUGAAUUGAAAGAAGAAGAAGAGAAGAAGACUGCAGAGGAAAAGGCAGAAGAGAAGAAGAAUCUAGAUGAACUAGAGCUGGAGAAAGGUUCAGAGGCAUCAGAGGGUGAGCUCGAUAGAGAAAUUGAACCGGAGCCUAUAGAAAUGGCAAUAGAAGCACCAAGUGAGCAUAAAGAAGAAGAGCAAAUAGGAAUUCAUACAGAGGAACCAGAAUUUACUAUAGCACCUCCUGCAUUAGAGGAGCCAAUCCUAUCCAGCGCUUCCAAACUGAAAGAAGAAGAAGAAAAGAAGGCUCACAGGGAAAAUGCAGAAGUGCCAAAGAAUUUAGAGGAGAAGAUCCAAUCAAAAGCUUUCAAAGAAGAAAAAGAAGAAAAGGAGAAGGCUUUAGAGGAAAGACCACAAGAACAGAAGAGUCCAGAUGAAUUAGAAGCGGAGAGAAGUUUAGAGGAAUUAGAAGGUGAGCCUUAUAGAGAAACUGAACCGGAGCCCAAAAAACCAGCAAUUGAAAUGCAAACUGAGCACAAAGAAGGAGAGAAAAUUGGACGUAUUGCAGAGGAACCAGAUUUUACUAUACCGCCGCCCCCAUUCGAGGAUCUAAUUGCAUCUAAAGUUACCGAAUCAAAAGAAGAAGAGGAAGAGCAACAAGAAGAAGCUCCCACCAAAGAAACACCAUAUUCGCCACCAAUCUCCCCAAUUCUAAUGGCGAAACCAGAAUUGAAUCAAGAGCUACUAGAUACAACUGAUUCUCGUAAAGAACAGGAUAGAGAGGUCGAAGUACCUGGACGAGCUCUAGAAACCUUCGAACCCACAGAGUCGCCGAAGCAAGAAGAAGAUCGCCAUGGAUUUGGCGAGGAAGAUGCAAAAGAAGCUAAAAAUGUGGAAGAAAUCGCUUACGAUCCAGCUCCCAAAACCCUAACAAGGACGGUGACCCCCGAAGAAGUCGAUUCCGAUCGUCGCGGAGAUGGAGAACAUGAAGUGCGAGAAACCGACACCCGAGCUCUUCAUGAGGACGAUCGAGAGAUUGCGAGCGAUGUCGAUGCACGAGAAGAGAGCUCGAUAGAUGAGGAGGAGGAAGGAGAAAGAUCGGAUCGCGAUCGAGAAGAGAGCCGGGGAGAGAUGGAGACGACGGAGGAGGAGAAGGAAAACAAUAAGAACGGGAUGAAUAGGAGGAGGGAGGAGAAGGCACCGAGGAGGAGGAGAAGGAGAAGGAGAAGGAGAGGCUCGGGUUUUAAAAUCCCUACCGCGGGCGCAAUCGCGACCUCUGCGUUUAUACUAACCCUCGUGGCGCUCGUCAUCCGUCUGAUGAAGAAACGACGAUCGCACGCGUUGAGAUGAUAAUUAAUUAUUGACUGCUGUCGACACGUGCAUGUUCUUAUUCGGUUGAGCUGCAAUGUUAAUUUUUAAUCUUAAUCGUGUAUAAAUGAUUAAAUUCUUCGAUU